AAAUUACAUAUCUAAGCUGGCUGUCGAUCGCGUGAAGACAUCUAAUUUGUUACAAGAAGGCGUGAUCAGCACCUUUGCCCUUGCUUUAUUCGAAGGGCUACCAGUCUGUCGGCUACGUCAUUCGUCACGGGGCCCGGGCUCCUUGUAACCAGACUUCCUAAAACAUUACCGUACUUCUCCUGAGCCAUCCACCACUCACAGAACAUAGCAAGAACCAAUCCAGACCACACAUAUACAAUGGCAACCAACGCGCCCACCUUGAUCAACCUGCCGCCGCCGCCAUCUGGCGACGAGACGCCUGGUGAUGCUCCAGGUACCCCGAACUCGGUCACCACGACCAUGUCUGAGCUCUCGACCGUCGCCAUCAAGGAUGGACAUCGCGGUCACUUCCCUCACCACCGGAACCCUGCUGAAGCUGAGCGUGCCGACCGCAUCUCGCGCCUGGCCGGUCUGGAGCGCGUUGCAGUCUCGGGCCGCACUCCCCAAGGACUCAAUCCAGGCAGCGCUGCCAAUCCACCACCAGGCUACUUUGACGCAAACAAUCAGCCGCAGCUCUUCCGCGAGCGCAGCACGGUUGGUAGUGCCAGCGCAACCGGAUCCGUUGGCGGUCGCACGACGUGGGCAAGUGGCAGCGAUGUCUACGAGCCGGACCGCAUGAGCGAGGACCAGGACAUGGACACAUCAAGCAUGGGAGGCUUCAGUGACGAAGCCGCCUCUCUAGUUGGCUUCGGCGAGGGUGCGCGCACACCAGCUCGGCAGCAUAGUCAACUCGGCAGCCCUGCUGUUGGAAAGGCAAGCGCUCUGCCGGGCUACUUGCGAGAACAGACGCCGACCAGUCCAAUGUCAGGUGUCAGCGUGCCUGUCAGUUCUGGAUCGACGCAGACCAUGUCCAGCACGGAGCAACAGAAGAAGGAAGCACGCAUGAUGAACGGCAUGACCUACGAUGACAACAUCGUCGAUACGGCGAGCCAUGCACCCCCCGCCAGUGGCCGCGAUGGAGACUCUACUUCAGGAGACGCCAUUCGUGAGCGCAUGGCGCAGCGCAAAGCUGAUCAAGAUGCUGGCAUGGACUAUGAGCACCAAAAGGACACUUAGGGAAAUGUUUCUUGUUUCACUCGAGUCAUGCUUUGAGGCGGGCGUUGGGCAAAACCUGAUCGAAUCACGGAAGACCAUUCCUUGACGUUCAGGAUGUUAGUAUGGGCGGAAAUCAAUCAGCCUGAGGGCUGCGUACCAGAGUGUUUUUUUUUUAAAUGAAUGCAAUGCUUUUAUGAUUGACCACCG